CUUGGCCGACCUUAUUCCUUCGCUCGCAUCUCGGAUUCGUACCACCAUGUGCGACGGCGGCUCUAGGGUUUAAGCGUCUGCGGAAUUGAAUCACUGUUUCCUAAUUUUCGAUCAGGUCAUAUCUCUACCUUUCUGAGAAGGUUUUAGGGCUUUUUUUUUUCUGCUCUCAUGUCGAUCUCAAAAGAACUUUAUCCAUCUCAAGAGGACCUCCCCUACGAGGAGGAGAUCUUACGCAACCCUUUUAGUCUGAAGUUGUGGUGGCGUUAUCUGAUUGCUAAGGCAGAAGCUCCCUUCAGUAACCGUUUCAUAAUCUAUGAACGCGCACUUAAAGCUCUUCCUGGUAGCUACAAGCUAUGGCAUGCGUACCUGCGAGAACGCCUUGAAAUUGUUAGAAAUCUACCCGUUACUCACCCCAAGUAUGACACCCUUAACAAUACGUUUAAAAGAGCUCUUGUUACAAUGCAGAAGAUGCCCAGGAUAUGGAUAAUGUACUUGCAAACCCUGACAGAACAGAAGUUGAUUACUAGAACGCGUAGGACUUUUGACAGGGCUCUCUGUGCGUUGCCAGUGACUCAGCAUGACAGGAUUUGGGAGCCUUAUUUGGUGUUUGUGAGCCGAAAAGGUAUCCCUAUUGAGACCUCACUGAGGGUUUAUAGGAGGUAUUUGAAGUAUGAUCCUUCUCACAUUAAAGAUUUCAUUGAGUUUUUGGUGAAUUCAAGUCUUUGGCAAGAGGCUGCGGAGAGGUUAGCUUCUGUUUUGAAUGAUGAUACCUUUUCUUCAAUAAAAAGGAAGACAAAACACAGACUGUGGUUGGAGUUGUGUGACCUGCUUACAACGCAUGCUACGGAGGUUUCGGGGCUAAAUGUGGAUGCAAUAAUUAGAGGUGGGAUACGGGCGUUUACAGAUGAGGUAGGAAGGCUAUGGACUUCACUUGCUGAUUAUUACAUUAGGAGAAGUUUGUUUGAGAAGGCUAGAGAUAUUUUUGAGGAGGGUAUGACAACAGUAGUAACUGUGAGGGACUUUAGUGUAAUAUUUGAUGCUUAUUCACAAUUUGAAGAGAGUGUGAUUGCUUACAAGAUGGAGAGUUUGGAUUUAAGUGAUGAGGAAGAAGAGGACAUACAAGAAGAAGCGACUGAGGAGGAUGAAUAUAUUCGUUUGGAUGUUGAUCUGUGCAAGUCAAAACACAAGUUCGAGGGGAAAAUAUUUAAGGGGUUUUGGUUGCAUGAUGACAAGGAUAUAGAUCUGAGGUUGGCUCGGUUGGAGCAUUUAAUGAACAGAAGGCCAGAACUUGCCAAUAGUGUCCUUUUACAAGCAGUGAGGACGGUUGAUCCCAUGAAAGCAGUUGGGAAGCCUCAUACCUUGUGGGUUGCUUUUGCUAAAUUGUAUGAGAACCACAAAGAUAUAGCUAAUGCUCGAGUGAUUUUUGACAAGGCAGUGCAAGUAAACUACAAGACUGUGGAUCAUCUGGCUAGCAUUUGUUGUGAGUGGGCAGAAAUGGAGUUGAGGCACAAGAAUUUCAAAGGGGCCCUGGAGUUGAUGAGGUGGGCGAUAGCUGAACCAUCAGUUGAGGCAGGCUUUAUUCGUCUCCAGUCUCUGGUAUAUGUUAAAAUGGAAAAACAUAAAGAUGCUAUUGCUAUGUCAAGGAUCUAUGAGUUGUGGAAAACAAGGUACUUUGAAGAUGCUUUUAAGGUCUAUGAAAGAGGUGUCAAGAUAUUUAAAUACCCACAUGUCAAGGACAUCUGGGUAACCUAUUUGUCCAAGUUCGUGAAAAGAUAUGGAAAGUUGAAGCUUGAAAGGGCUAGAGAACUGUUUGAGCAUGCUGUUGAAACGGCUCCUGCUGAUGCAGUUAAGCAGCUGUAUCUUCAAUAUGCAAAAUUGGAGGAGGAUUAUGGUCUAGCAAAGCGAGCUAUGAAGGUCUAUGAUGAGGCAACCAAGGCAGUACCAAAUGAAGAAAAACUAAGCAUGUAUGAGAUAUACAUUGCUCGUGCUACUGAGAUAUUUGGUGUCCCUAAAACAAGAGAAAUCUAUGAGCAGGCCAUAGAGUCUGGUCUUCCAGGUAAAGAUGUGAAGACAAUGUGUUUGAAAUAUGCAGAGCUAGAAAAGAGCUUGGGAGAAAUUGACCGAGCUAGGGGGAUAUAUGUGUUUGCAUCUCAAUUUGCAGAUCCACGCACUGAUGGUGAUUUUUGGAAUAAGUGGCAUGAGUUUGAGGUUCAGCAUGGAAAUGAAGAUACCUUCAGAGAAAUGCUGCAAAUCACAAGAAGUGUUUCUGCAAGUUAUAGCCAGACACACCUCAUUCUGCCAGAGUACAUGAUGCAGAAGGAUCAGUCAUUGACCCUUGAUGAUGCAAAGGAUAAAUUGAAGCAGGCAGGUGUCCCAGAAGAUGAGAUGGCUGCUCUUGAGAGGCAAUUGGUCCCUGCAUCUAAAAAUGUCAAUUCUAAAGACAGCAGCAGAAAAGUGGGGUUUGUGAGUGCUGGGGUGGAGUCCCAGACUGAUGGAGGGAUGAAACCAGUUGCGACUGAAGACAUUGAUCUGCCAGAAGAAAGUGAUUCUGAAGAUGAAGAAAGAGUUGAAAUUGGACAGAAAGAUGUUCCUACUGUUGUAUUUGGAGGUCUUGUCAGGAAGAGAGACGAUGGUGAUAGAGAUGCGGAUGAUGAUACUGUACCAGCCAAAGAUAGGGAAAGUGAGAGUCGUCUAGGAGCCCUUGAGAGAAUAAAGAGGAAGAAAAAAACUUGAUUUUAGUUACUGACCCUGUCUAAUUUUGAUUGCUGAUAUCUUUUGUUCAUUUACGACGCAUGUACCCUUUAAGCAUUUCUGACGGGCAUGAAGCUAAUGCCUGCCUGAAUAUACCGAGAUUAUGAGU